AUGGGCUCAAACGCGUAUCUACCAUUUACAGAGCCUCUUUGGCUUUCCCGCCAAGUUUCUCCUUAUUACACCAAGAGCCACCGGCAGCUACAAAAAAUAGCACGAGAAUAUGUCCACACUCAUAUCUUGCCCUUCAGCGACGAAUGGGAGAGACAAGGCUUUGUACCACCCGAGGUCAUUGCCGAACAUUCUCGACAAGGCUACAUGGCAACAUCCGUAUUUCCCCUGGCAAAAGAAUACCUAAACGGGCAGCAGCUUCCCGGGGGCAUCCCCCCCGAGGACUGGGACGGGUUCCACGACCUGAUUGUUAUUGACGAAGUCGCUCGGUGUGGCUACUUGGGCGUGAUUUGGGCCUUGGCUUGUGGCAACUCGAUUGGCGCGCCGCCGCUCGUCCACUUUGGCAACGCGGAGCAGAAGCAACGAUUCUUGCCUGCCAUCCUCAACGGUAGCAUUCGAUUUUGCCUUGCCGUGACCGAACCCGACGCUGGAUCAGACGUUGCUGGGAUAACCACGACGGCGGAGCGCAGGGGCGACAAGUAUAUUGUCAAUGGGGCCAAGAAAUGGAUCACCAACGGCAUUUUUGCGGAUUACUGUACUGCUGCGGUGCGAACAGGAGGGCCGGGAAAGGGCGGCGUUUCCGCGCUCAUCAUCCCGCUCAAGGUUCCAGGCGUGACGUGCCGGAAGCUCGAGAAUUCGGGCGUCUCGGCAAGUGGGUCUACUUACAUCGAGUUUGACCAGGUCGAGGUGCCGGCUUCCUACCUUCUCGGUCGCGAAAACCAGGGCUUCGAGAUUAUCAUGUCCAACUUUAACCAUGAGCGCUUGUGGCUGGCUUGCACGAGCCUUCGGCUUGCGCGCUGCUGCAUCGAGGACGCGUACAAACAUGGACAGGUUCGAGAGACGUUUGGCAAGCCGCUGCUCGCUAAUCAAGUGAUCCGCGCCAAGUUCAGCGCCUGCGGACGCAAAGUAGACUCGGCGACAGCAUGGAUGGAACAGCUUGUGUACAUGGAACAAGUCGCCAGCAGGGGUCAAGAUGGCGGUAGAGAUCUGCACAUGGGCGGACUGUUUGCCAACCUCAAGGUAUUAUGCGGGCAGACGCUGGAAUUUGUCAACCGAGAAAUGCAACAGGUCAUGGGGGGCCUGGGAUAUUCGCGCGGUGGUCGCGGUGGUCGCGUGGAACAAAUCAGCCGUGAUGUGAGGGUCAUGGUUGUUGGAGGCGGUAGCGAAGAGAUCCUUUCCGAGCUUUCCGUUGCUCAGGAGCAGCGAGCCAUGGCCAAGUUGUAG